AAGUAUUGCACGGCGAUGCUUAGGGCACUAAAAAAGCACCGCGACGCCGGACCGUUCCUGAAGCCAGUUGACGUGGUCGCGCUGAAUAUCCCCGACUACGUGAACAUCAUCAAGUACCCAAUGGAUCUGAGCACGAUCGAGAACAAGCUCAAGGGCCGUCUGUACGCAGACACGCAAGGAUUCACGGACGACCUGCGGCUGAUGUUCAACAACGCCUAUAUUUACAACGGG